GCUGUCAUUUCUCUUCAGAAGCUGAAUCUGCUGAUUUAAGGAGACCAGCUAUGGAAGAACCAAGGGUGACAAAGAGCCCAGACAGUAGAGUUUUGGCAGCUGUUGAGAAUAACAGAUCAGAAAGCAAUGGCUCGGCACCUGCUGCAGACAGCAGUACCCAUGGCAACAAGGCAGUGUUUGGCUCCACAUCAUUUGGAUCAUCUCCUACUUCUGGACCAGUGGGAUCAUCAGUUAUAUCCCCUUCCUCAUUUGGUUCACCUGGACAUGGAACAUGGCAGCCUUCUUACUGCCAUCCCACAGUAUUUGGAGCAGCGGCAUCUAGUCAAGGGAACCCGUUUGCAGAAAAAACAAGUCUCAAACAGCCAGGUGUGUCUCGGUCAGGAACCACAGUUACAUCCCAACCGUGCGAAGGUCUCAUUGCUCCAAGUCGCCUGAACACUGUAGCAUUUUCACAAAAACACCCUGCCAAAGAUUCUGAAGAUGAUAAAAAGCAACGCCCUGUGUCUUCCUCCAUCUUGACCCCUCCAAAAAUAUUGAUUGGAAGUGACAAAAAAGAGGUCCCGAGUUCAGCGCCAAAGUUUUCCCUGAGACCAUCAGUUUUAUCACCUGGCACUACAAAAGAUAGCAUCCCUGCUAAUCCAUUAUUAAAACCUGCCACACUCCCAUCACCCUCAGAUUCUCACGCAGAAUCAGAAGAACCUUCAACCUCUGACCAGAAGUCUACCACAAGCGUGAACAAAACAAAGACUGAUGAUGCAUCCUGCCCAGACAGUUCAAACAAUGGCGUUCUCUCAUCGGAGACUACUGUGUCUUUGACAAACCCUGUGGACAGUUCUGAUGCCAUACAAAGCCGACUUACAGCCAGCAAUGCCGAUGGUGGAAGUGUUGAAUCUAGCUCGGAUGGAUUUGUAUUUGGACAAAAUUUAGCAGACAGGGUAAUGGGUGUAAGUUCUUCAGCAAUUAGCAGUAGCACACCUGCCUUUGGAGCUAGUAACCCAGGCAACAGUAGUGCAGCUGGAACAUCCACCCAGAACAGUGUGGAUGGGUUUGUAUUUGGACAGAACUUAGCAGACCGUGUGGUGAAUGCCGACAAAUCUGAGAGCGAGGAAGGCCCUGAUGUCCCUGAUACAACCUCAUCUACAGAUAAGCCUGCGGGAGCCUCAGGCGGAGAAAAAACAGCAUUGUCUUUAGAGGAGUCUGCUCGUGAGUAUCAAGCCAAACACGGCACAAAGCCUGAGCUGGAGGAAGUGGAGGUGAAAACAGGUGAAGAGGAGGAAUCUAAUGUUUUACAGGCCAACUGUAAAUUGUUUGUGUUUGAGAAUGCAACUCAGACAUGGAUAGAGAGGGGGAGGGGCCAACUACGGUUGAAUGACAUGGCCCCUGUGCAUGCGGAAACUUUCCAUUCCAGGCUGGUGAUGCGGACACAAGGAAGCCUGAGACUUAUACUAAACACUAAAAUCUGGGCUGGAAUGACAGUGGAGCGUGCAAGUUCCAAAAGUAUCCGAGUGACAGCCAGUGAUGGGGAGGAUGGGAUCAAAGUGUUCCUUAUUACUGCAACUCCUAAGGAUAGUGAGAAUAUAUUAAGUGCCAUUGACUGGAGAGUACAGCGGUUACAAGUUCUAGAGGAACAAAAGCGGAGUUUGACUGCGGGUAAAACAAGUGAGAAACGAAAAGCAGAUAAGCUAGAUCCAGAAACACUCAAUAAAAAACAAAGAAAAUGCCAGUCAUCUGUAAAUCCACAAGAUGUACGUGGAACUACAGAAGAAUCAAACGACUCAAGUUUAGGUGACCCAGAAACAGAAGCUUCCAAUGAAAGCCACUGUUCCUCUUUAACAGGAAAGUCAGAAGAUGAGUGACCAAAGUGAACAAUUAUGUCAAGAGUAAACAAUUAAUAUGGUGGCACAUGGAUGUUAAUGGGGCGGAAAUGCUAGCAAGGAACAUUUCAGAAAGUGCAUCAAGAGGGACAGAAAUGUUGGAAAACGAAGGCCUAUAAAAUUUGAUGUCCUUGCUGCAGUUCAGUUGAUGUCAGAAUGUCAUGAAGUAUUUUUGCUGGAUCCAGGUUCAGAGGAUGGUGUUCUGCAUUGAGAAACUUCUGUUGAUCAAAGGGAUUCAGAAAAGAAUAAGGUUAAGUCAAAAGGAGGAUUUUGUGCAGUUAAGAUACAAACACUGUUGAAAUGUUUUUUGGCAACCUUACAGUGGUGUACAGAAAUGUUAAUGUGUGAAUUUGCAAAUACAUGUGAAUAAAAGGCAAAACUUUCGGAUAAAAGUUGAAAAAAAAAAAGAAAAAAAAAAUUACACACACACAUGCACGCACACAAAAAUGAAAAUCAAAAACCUUUCUUCUGCACUUAGCCUUUUCUGCUUUGUUUGACAAAUAUGCAUUUAAGUUCUACUGUUUUUUUUUGCUUUUUAUUGAUUUUUUUUUCUUCUCUGUUGUUAAUUUCCCAUAAAAGACUAUUCUGUGUACAAAACUUGUAACCCAGACAAAAUUCUUGCUGUUGCAAAAAAGUUGGAAUCAGCUGGAAUAGGUUGAUGUUUUGACAUAAAUUCAUAUAAGCCAUAUAGAUGUGUCAUUUACCACAGUUUCAGCUCACAUUGCUCAGUUUGGUCAAAGACACUCGGCUGAUUACCAUGGUGCAGUAAGGUACCUAGCUGAGUGCUUGUUUCACCAAAUGAGUUGAUGUUAUGUAAUAAGCACUAGUGUCAAACAGUGAUAAUAGCAGAGGCAGUGUCAGCUGAUUUUAUGUGAUAUGGCCAUUGUUUUGCGUGGGUGAGAAAGGCAUGUCUGUGUUGUUCCCAAGAUUGUAUUUUUACAAAUAGGGGAUACAUUUUGGAGUCAGAUGUGGAAGUGGGGAUACGACUGGCUCCAAUAGUACUAUAUAUACUGGAUCAACGAAGACUUGGCUAAAUACCAGUUCCAGCUGUAACCAGUACAUCGUCAGGUGUUCGUAAGCUAGUCUUAGCAAAGUACUACCAUCAUGACUAUGCCACUGUUAAUGGAUGCAUCAAUAGGCUUUUCGUAAAACCUCAUUCCAUAUCAGAUGCCACAUUAUCACACAACUAUGAAGGAAUACUGUGUUAGAUCAAGCACUGUUGCUUUGAAAAGUAUUAUUUGCUAUGGUUGAAAGUGCUUGGUAUUGUAAUGUUCCCUUGUUGACACCUUUGUGUUGUCAAAGAUUAUUUUUGAUUGUUUAAAUGUCUUUGUUUUGGUAAAAAAUACUCGAGCAUUAUACGUUGUCAUUUGUAAAAAGGCUUGUUUGGUCCAUUUUAUGAAUAGUUCUAAAACAGACUGACUUGCUGACCGGACAGAGACUUGUUUCUUCUUAUGUGUACUUAAUUUGGUUUAUUCCUUAUCAGAGAUAAGAAAUGAAGGGAUUCAAGAAAAUAAUAUGAUAUAACGACCGGCAUAUGACAUUAAACUUACGAAACUGGAAUGUGUGAAUGUAAAGGUAAUAUUUUUACAUGCAUUAAAGCUACAUGUGAUGUAUUGACAGUACUAAUCUGUAUCUAUUCAUUCAUACAUGUAAAUAGCUGGUGAUAUGCAGUAGAGGUUUCAACAUUGUGCUGUAACCUGUUGACUGUUCAUGCGGAAUCCUUUACAAGCACAUCAUAGUUGCAGUGAACAACCAUUCUCCAUACUAUAAUAAUUAAGAAGACUUUUGUCCUGUUUGAAGAGGCAUUUUUUGUUGACUGCUCCUGUAUUUUUUUUACCUGCCUAAUCAGUAAUCAUGAGAAUUCAUUAUAUCCUAUACAUUAUAGUUUAGUUCAUAUUUCAUGUCUUAAUCAGUUGAUCUACAUAGUAUACCUCAGACAAAAGUAGUUACCAGGUAGACUGACUGAAAUAGACAAAUGUUGGAGAAGGCUAUGUAUGUUGGCAAAAUUUUAUUACUCCAGUAGAUCUUUUGUUUUGAGUUAGGCUAUAAGCUUCUUUGUACACAUUUAGAUCUGACAUACUGAGUACAAUCAUUCAGCCUACAUUUUUCAUUUAUGUUUAAUAUAUAUUCACUUAUAAAGUCUUUGUUCAGUCAGCCCAAUGCUUCCUGUAAUUAAAGUUUCUUUACAGUAUUUUCACUGUCCUAUACAUGUAUCUUAGAUUUCUUGUAUAAUAAUUAUAGUUCUAUGCUUAAUGAUAAUAACGUACUAUUGCUGGUUUGGGAUAACAAUAUCUGUAGUAUGGGAAGGGUGGGGGGAUAUUUUUACUUAACAGACAAGGUAUCACUCAUACAUUCAUUGAUGCAAAAAAUUAUUUGUUAUUUUCCCCAAUUGAGUGAAUCCUUUAAUAGUGAAUAUAUGUGUUGGUAAGAAGAGGGAAACGUCCAAGAUAGUUCUAAUCCUUACAGCAAGGGUUUAGGACUAUCUAAAGACUUCCUCAUUACAACACUUGUUAUCUGUAAAGUAUGCUCGUUAGAUAGUGCUGUGAAUUUGUCUAUGGUGUAAUCAUAUUGCACUGCUCCUGCAGUAUUUGUGUUAUUUUGUACUGCCCCGCAGUACAGUUUGUAGUAUUUCCUUUGUGAGGAAUUCAGUGUCCAAACUAUUGGAUGUUUCUUUGUUUUU